UUUUUUGGAUCAUUAGAAAGACGUCAUCGUAGUAAAAUGCGGAUCUUGUCCAGUCCAGUCAGAGGAAGAAGUGUAUCACCAGUAGCUGCGUCUGCACUUCCUGCUGGGAAUUAUCGAUCACUCCAAAUGAAGGAGAAGGAGGAGGCUAAAGACUGCUGUCAGACACGAUGAGGACUCCUGAAUUGUUGGAGCAGCAAUAGAUGAGCUUAGAAGGGGCUGCAGAUCCCUGAACUGGUGUGAUGGAGGAAGCGUACAAUGAGCUGUACCAACAGUUUCUUCGCCUGAGGUCCCUUUGCCUGAAACAGGCGGCUCUGCUACAGGAACUCACAGCAGCUCUGCAGAAACAGCAAGCUGCCACUGCUGUGCCUAACGGAGAGUUGAGUGAUAUGACGUCCAUCCCCGUCCAGUGUACCCAACAGAUCGCUGCAUGUCUCCAUGAAAGACCUCAGCCACUAAUGGCCACAGCCUGCAGCCCUUCACCACCGCAGGGCGGCAAUCGCCUCUCUAGAAACGCAGGGACGUUUCCUGAUCUCCUCGCUGAAGACAUGUUUAAGCUCUGUGUGGAUCAGAGAAAGGAAGACAGGACGUUGGAGCAAGUGAUUGCACCCCUGCUAAGUGUUGACGUCACAAGGUGUCAGGGAGCCUCUUCUAAUGUCUCAAAUCAUCCGGGUCGAGCAGGUCAUCGUCAUGGAAACUACACAAUGCAAACAGUGGACAUGCCUACCACACACAAUCCAUCCCCGUCUGGAGACCUCCUGAGUCCGCCUGGAGGCGUGCUGAUGUCAGACGUGGCGCUGCAGUCUCAUGUCUGUGAGUUCUGCGAGGCGGUUUUUCCCGGAGACACAACCACCAGAGGAGAUUUCUUAAGACAUCUUUACACCCACGUCACUUAAACUGAUGUGUGUUUCCCUCCUGACAUACGAGUUAUGUAUUCAUAUGAUGUGAUGGAGCUGCUGUAACUCAGUUAACCUGAUCUCUGGAAACAGUGUUGAAAUGGACAUGCUCUUCAUGUGGUUAGCUGUUUGUCUUUGGAUGAACGGUGCAGAUGCUGAUGCUGGCUUAAUUGUCCGAGAUGUAAGAUGAAGGAGGGGAAACUUGCUAUGGUUCAGUUAUAUGUCAAAGUAUUGAGAUAUUGUUUUUAUAAAGGCUCAAACUACAAAAUCUCAAUUCUGUCUAUAGGACCGUGGUUUUACUUGUCCAGGUUUUGAUAUAUCCAUCCACAGACGUUGUUGUAUCAGCUUGUAUAGGAACUAUUUCUUCUGUAGAAAGUAGUUUUAACCUAAACUCCAGACCAGGAAAGUUACAAGAAAACUAUCUGCGUGGUCAGAUGCCAAUAUAAUAUUUUUUCCCCCUUGAGCUCAUUGUUUAAGCUACUUUAUAUAUGUGGCUCACAGAGAGAAAGUCUAUAUUAGCAUUAAUUAUUGUCAGUCUCUAAUCCACUACAUAUUAGACAAAAUCUUAUAACUUAUCUGUCAUUUAAAAACAUUCUUACUUCAUGUACACUGACUAUGAUCCUCCACUGAUGCUUUAAUGUAGCACGUGAUUGCACCAGAAAAUGCAAACUUUGGUGAAAAUACUUUUUUGCUAAAUUAUGAUGUCGCUCUAUAAUAGAAUAUUACCAAAUAUUACAUGUUUUUGAAAUAAAAAUACUAGAGCUCCUCUGGAUGGCUUGUAACUAAAAGUUACAUGUAGAGAAUGAAAUCAUUGAAAUAAAUGGGCCCUUUACAAAAUGACCAGCAGCUCCCCAGAAGAGAGGGGAAUAGUUUAUUUGUGUGAGCCCAUUGCAAGUUUUAAGAGUUUUAAAAGCUGUUGUUGAAAAUGAUAGAAUUCUGUUCUAAAUCAGGUCAAAGAAUUGAAUCAGGUCUGUGACGUAACAGGUAUCAAACAGGCGUCAACCUCCGUGUCUGAGCAGGGAGGCAAACCAGGAAGUGUCUUAAGCUGCAUUCUACUGAAAAUUCCAGCAGGGGGCACUACGUUUGGCUGCAAAAAAAUCUGUCCAUUCAUUUCGAUACAAAAUGAGAAAACUUUUCACUUGAUUUAUUACCUCAGAAUUUUUUUUUAGGACAACACUAAAUUCUCAUUUGCUAGUAAAAUUUGUUGUUAAUAGUUCAAAAAAGGGCCUCAUUUAGAAGAAAAUAGAAGAAAAAGAAUCAUAUGAUUUGGGGCGUGGUUACCUUUGAUUGACAGGUGGCUAACAAGGCGAGCCGUCGUCAGGAGAGAAGCAGAACAAUGCGUAUCCACGGCACUGUGUCAGUAAAGUUAAAUAUAACGUCAUAUACAUAUAAACGGGUUUACAGACUUUGUCUCAUAACUUUGACCCUUUCACACUGUAUGUUCACUUAAUGACAGUUUAUUUGAACAUUUUGUUCAGGAAAAAAUGUCUUGUACAGCAUUUGGUUGUACUAAUAGACACUCCAAGGAGUCGCUGUUCAUUUUUCUUAGGUAAGUAA